UGUGCUGUAUCGAUCGUCAAAUCUUAGAAGACGGAUUCUGAGACCUUAUUUACUAAUUUAGACCUAACUUUAGUCGGAGACGAAAAUUUUGUUAAGCUAUCUGUUCACUCAUCACUGAGAUCAAUCAUGAGUUUCCAGGAGGAAUGGGAGAGGAAGAAAGAGGAAAGGCAACGGAAGCGUACCGAGAUGGAUGGAGGACUUACAAAUGGCUCAGUUUCCCCAUCAACCAAGACUUCUCAUGUGAUAGUCCCAAGUGUUCAGCUGAAACAGACUCCCAAGUCACCCACGGCAAUGAAGAAUAAUAAUCUUGGAGAAAAACCACUCAAUGAAGCUGAAAAGAAGGCAGAGGAGUUGCGUCAAAAGAGGGAGCAGGAGCGUAUCGAGGCUGAGCAACGCGCAAAGGAGGAAAUAAAGACUUCUAUAUCGCUGGACCUAGAUAAGAAGGAGGAGAUACGUCGAGCUCGUGAAGAACGUGAGCGACAGGAAAUGCUAGAGGCAGAAGAGAGGAAGGCUCGGGCUGAGGUAAUAUAAUAUUCCUAUAGUGUAUGGUGGCUUUGCUUGUGAUUACAGAUUUACAGUGUGUGUCAAAAAAAGAAUACACAGAGAUGGGAUUGUGCUUUCGAGGCUAGUGUUUUUUUAUACAGGGUGUAUGUAAAAGGAAAAUUAUUUUUAUUAUUUUUUAUUCGGCAAAUAAUACAAAUAUACAUUUCAGUAUAAACAAUACAAAAUCAGAAAUAUCAACCAUUGGAACGCCAGGGACAGUAAAGUUUAACUGAAUUUCUGUGGCAUAAAGCCUCCUGUCCCAAUUCCAAUGAUUGAUUUACAAUAUAUAUCAUCAACUUAACAAUAAUAAAGUACUCGUAAUAUAAAGGGGUGAAAAUCAAAAUUUCUAUGAGAAAUAUAUUGAAUUGGUGAAAAUUGUACACUUUAAAGUAGAUCACUAGUUCAAGAAUGUAGCCGAUGGGAUUGCACCGUAUGUUCAUGCAAUAAUCCUACAUAGCCUUCUAGCCGUGCAUUUUUGGGUGCAGGACUGUGCAUUUAGAAUGCAGCACUGCCAAUUGGAUGCGUCAUGUUACCCCGAGCAUGUGAAAACUUAAAUGCCACUUGAAACACGGUGUCCUUCAACCAGAUGGCCAUGGCAAGGAUUUUGAUGUGCUUAGGAGCGCGUGGUGGAUACAUUUGAUUUGGGAUAAGGCAUCUUGGUAUUCACAAUGUAAUUAAUGCAAAAUAACUUGACAAAGUGCCUCAAGCUUGUCAUACAUUGGAAAUACCCUCAAGUGCACUACAUUGCUACUAACACACACCUGUGCAUUAUUUGUUUGAUAUUAUAUUGGAUGGCUCAGAAUGGGAUACAAAAAAUAUUCCUUGAGUUAGGGAAUAUUGCAUGAACCGUAGAUGAGUGCAAUACACAUGUAAGCCGUUAAUUAGUGGAAUAUUUUUUGUAUCCUACAUGUAUGAAAAAAGACAUCCAGUAUCUUUAAUUAUCAUUAUUCAUUAGACCGUGUACAUAUGGAAAAGUUUUGCACGUAUUAAUUAAGCCGAAAAAGAAAUUGCAUUUUUAUUACACUGUCAAAAUAUCUGUAGAUGAUAUAUUAGUCUUUUGACUGAUACUUUGAUUAUUAAUUAUAUCUUGAUAGAGUUUCUAGCAGCAUGCCUCAUUGAUAUUAAAAAGAAAUAGUGCAAAGUAGUAGUUAAAGAUUGAUUGAAUAGUGCUUAAAGUUGUUUCACUUCUACUUUACUGAAAAUAGGAAAACCAUCAAUGUAUGCCUGAACAAUACAAAUAAUUCUUCCCAAAGCCUUUGUAUGGAACUCAUUACCAAUAGAAAUAUGUGUGGGAAAGUUUUCAUUGGUAUAUGUUUUUAAUUCUUAAUUACAGCACAAUCUUUUCAUGUUACAGAUUUUUCACGAUUUUUUUUUUUUUUGGGGGGGGACAGAAUAAUUCACCUGUCUUGUAUUUGAAUAUGGGUUAUUAAAAAUAUGUCUUGCAGUAAAAAAAAAAUUCCUGAAAUGACCAUGUUUUUUAUAAAAUGUCAAAUAUUUCAAUAUAUAUGUACAUAAAUACAAAAAAAUAUGAUUGCAAUUAUAUUCACAAGGACAUUACACAAAAAUCACAGACAAUACAAUAACUAUCAUAAAAUGCAUCAGGUGAAACUACUAAUUUUCAUGAUAAACUUUUGAAAAUCAAGAUAGUACAAAGGGUUGUAAAAAAAUAUUAAAAUCUACAAAAUAACCAUAUACAUGGAAAACCAUUUAAGUUCCUAAUUAUUUUACUUACUUUUCUUAUGGAGAACAUAUGUACAUGUUUACAAGAUUUGUAAUAAUACUGUUUCUGAAUCUGUUUUUCUUUCAUUCAAAUUCUUUGUAUUUGUUUGUAUUUAUAUACAUCAGAAUAAUUAUUCUUUAAGGUGGUAUAAACAAGCAGUAUGAUUUUUCUCUAAUGAAAUUGAAAAAUCUUGAGAGGAAGUUUUCUCUUCAAAAUGAAAGAAAUGGUAACCCCUGAGCUCUCUAUCAUAUUGAAUUCAGAUAAUUUUAUCUGUCUGAUACUGAUAGUCAUGCAUGUCAUAUAGAGAGGUAUACAGUAUUCCAAGACUGGUCUUACAUAGCCAAUAUAAACAUUAACUAGAUCACAAUUUGAAUUAACAUAUGCUUUUGAUGUAGCAUGAACAAUUUACAUUGAAUUUAGUGAUACCGUUAUAUCUGUCACUAGAGCAUUCCAUUAUCUGAGGUAUGCAUUUAAUUUCAGUGUGAGCAAAGUCUUCCUCUGCUCUUGCACUAUCCAAACGCAUGUAACAAGAAAACUUGCGUUGACAAACAUAUGGUAUGCUAUGGAACGAACGUUUCCUGGUCAGUCAAUUAAAUUGUUGAUGAUACCAAAGUUUAGUAACCCUCAUGUUGGAUUCAUGUUCAUUUAUUUGUAAAGUAUCUACUCUCUCUUGACCAUUUCAUUACUCAGGUUUUGAGCUCUUAUCUUUCUUAAAUUUUUAUACAGCAUGAAUGUAAGAAUGACCAUGAUACAGUUAAUUGCGCCAAGAAGCUCAACUAAUAUCAGGGACGGUGUAGAAAACAUCUUUUUGUUUACUCUCACGUCUGGUAUUCGUGGUUGAUUUUUGGACAGGUGGGGGAGUAGUGUUCCAGUCUGUCAUAUCUGUAAUUGCUUCAUUCUUGACCGGAUCCCAUCCACAAUCCACACAUUGUGAUAUGGUCUUUGAUCAAAGGUGGAAGAACAACAUUGUACGAAAUGAAUAGUCGUUCUUGCCAGUAUGACCUGACGCAAGGCCCCACCACUUUCGACCGGUCUGUCUAAAUGGGGAAGCCUUACACUAUCCUGGUAACACUGAAUGUGGCCGGCUAUAUUUCCUUUGGGAGCAGUGCAAUUGAGCUAGUAGAUAGUAUCAUAGUCCUUUAAUACUGAAUAGUACUGAUACCUUGAUAAAGUUUCUAAUAGCAUGCUCCAUUGAAAUGAAUGUUAAAAAAAAAUAGAUAAUGAUUGAAUUCAUAUUAGUUGUUUCACUUCCACUGUACUUAAAAUAGGGAAAUCAUCAGUGUAUGCUGGAACAACACAAAUAAUCAUUCUUCUUAUUAAAGGACCUUGUAUAAAACUCA